AUGCGCAUCAGAGAUGAAGGAAGUAUUGCAGACUACAUCAAACAGAUGAAAAUGUGCUAUAACGAGCUUAAAAAGUACCAAGCUUUCAUGAAUAGCUUCAUCGAACGAAAUAAAAGAUAUUCGGAAGAUUUCAUAGAACUCCUCAUACAUAACUAUCCUGACGGUGACGAGCAUGCCGAAGAACGAGAAGACAACAUCAACGAAAACGUUACAACUCAUUUGCCAAAUAACCAUGGAAGAGAAAUCAAGAGCAGAUUUUAUGAAGAGAACGAGAUUCGCGAGUUAGAUAAGAUGACCCAGAAGCCAUCCGUCACGUCGUCGCUAUCGUGUGUUAACAUGUUGCUUAAAAAUUACAACUAA